CUCACAGCGUGUAGUGUAGAAGAUCACCUCAGUUGAGACAGAUUAUUUCACUGAUUCUACGUUACCAAUUGUUACAGUCCAAAAUGGGACUGGCAAAUAUUUUUGGAUUCGUGGUCAUAGGGCUGUAUUUCACCAGCAUUUGGGCACGACCAGGCCAGUUGAAACAGCAAAUUUACGAAUUUCGAGAAUUUCACUCAAGUUCAACGCAGGAUCACGCUACAAGUCAGUCUCGCGAUGCACGACUUCAAGCGUUUCCUGUCCAUCAUACUCUCUGGUCCGACCAGCACCCGAACGAAGUGAAUGCAUUUGCGGAAAUGUUUCGCCAAAACUACAAUCAUAUGGUGGCGCAGUACAAUGAGAUGAUGCGAAUGCAGCAACAAACCAUGUCAACUAUGUUUAUGCCAGUGAAUUAUGAACUCUACCAUGUACCAGUCGGAUACACAUGGGAUAGUUAUUUCGGUAAUCAGCAACAAUUUGUUAAUGAGGAAACAGAACGAAUGUCACGCCAACUGAUCGAUGAUAUAGAACAAGGACGUCGAACGCAGCAGGAGCUAGCGAACCCUAAUUUCUUCAUUGAGCAAGCUGCAACUGAGUUAAACAGAGUACACAAAUCUCACGAAUUUAUAGAAUCUACCGAUUUACAGACUGGUAAACAUUUUGACAACUUGCAAUCGCAAAUGCAGCAGCAACAACAAGAACAUGUUCAUCAAGCUGAACUUGAACAACAAGCUGGUCAUGGUGUGGUAUACAAUGCCAAUACUAAUCAAUACGAAUACGUAAGAUUGAUGCAACCUCACGAAGAAGUAGCCGAUCCGGAUGAUACCCAACAUUCAUCGUAUAUACAAAGUUUGCCCCCAGUAACGUUCGAUAAUGAAAAAUUGAAUGCAUUUGAUCAGCAGAUCGAAAAUAUAGAAAUACAUACUCCGAUUUCGAUCGAAACUUCGCGUCCAGUUGAACAAAGUAAACUAAUUAAAACAUCUACGACAAAGCCAUUAUCGUCAUUUCAGUCAAAUAUCAACAACGAUGAGUUCUACGGCAGUACCUAUGAUCAGCAGCAGAAGUUCGAUUUACAGUUUAUCGAAAACAGGUCAACGUCAUCCAGAAAUAACGUUAUGUCACUGGUACGCAAUAGAACCAUAGUCAAAGCUUCGACAACUACUGAGAUUCCAACGACAACGACAACAACUACUACUAGUACCACAACACCACCACCAACAACAACAACCGGUAUUAUGUCUAUGUUGCCACACAAAAAACCGCCGAUGAACUAUGAAGACUUAUAUCAACAAGUCCGAGUGGAAUUAGAUAAGCAUAUGAAUCAGCUGGAGGAUAACAAAACCGAAGAAACACAUUUCAUGGGCAUGACGAGCAAUAGGGAGCAUGUAAAACUUACGUAUGAAACUGUUAACUCUGGGAAAGGCGAGAAAGAACCUCGUGGAGAUCAGGGCCAUCCAGCAGACGAUUACAUUUACGAAGAACCUGUCGAAUCGGAGCCGGGAAUGGGCUAUUAUUCAUUUGGAACUGAGCCUACGUUAGCUGAUCAGACUACAACAGCAGCAAUAGAAAUUACUACUACUACUACGUCCACUACACCCAGAAAUACAGAGCCAGUGAAUUUGAAUUCGUACUAUUCAGCUCCAUUGGCUCCAUUUCCAACUACAACGACUACAUUGAGACCGUUAAACCCAUAUUAUUCCGCGCCAUUGGCACCAUUUCCCGAAGAUACGGUUCAGGAAGUAAGCAAUACGCAACAAUUACAGUAUGCUGAAUAUUCUGAAAUUUCCGACAUGAACCAGCAAGUUCAAACUAUAGAGCAUCAUUACGGUAGCCACUUAGCAGAAGCUGAUACAGUCCAAGAUCUCAACAACAACGAAGAAUUCAAUCAAAAUCAGGUCCAUCUUAUGCACGGAUAUAUUGACAUGCAACAAUUUGAAGACGAGCAGCAACGCUAUACAGAUGUCGGAGAAGUGUUGAAUGUGGGACACGUUGUGGAGCAUCCUGUGGCAAAGCCACAAGAGCGACAGUUACCACCAGAACAAGCCUAUCGCAAUCCUGACCUGCAACAAACGUCAGCCAACGAUAUACUUCAGGAACACGAAAUACCAGCACAUGUUCAGGAGAUAGCAGUAACUCCGAUUCCAGCGGACGUUCAGAAUCAUAAGAAGAAUUGGUUGAAACGCCAAUUUGAUAAGAUAAAAAAUGUGCUCUAUUAAUUAUUGUAAAUGUAACAUUAAUUCAUUAAAUGCUGUCCAAAAUACA